UUUAUCAAAUGUGUACCGUUGGCUUUUCGUUAAAGGGUUUCGUUCGAGAAGUUGAUCUUUAUUUCUGUUCAAUCGCGGCCUUAAGAAUGGCAAUGCAAAGGUUUUUCGCUUCAUGCAUCAUUGUUGCUUUGUUAUCAAAUUCUGUCACUGCGGUGCAGAAAACGUGCGAUUUUGAAGAUGGAAAAACUUGCUGGAGCGUACCAGGAUUAAGUCAAUCCUACAAGUGGCAAGUAAGCACGCAGUUUCUGUCUGCUCACCCCCAGACUGAUCAUACAAAUGGCAACGGUCGAUACCUGUACGCAAACGGAGCUCCCCCAGCUGAGCAUAAGGACAAAGCAAGACUCUUGAGUGGCAACUUGGAGCCCGUCUCCUCUUGUCUCACGUUUUGGUACCACAUGUCUGGUGCAAAUAUUGGUACACUUCGAGUUUUAACAAGAAACGUAAUCGGAGGAAAGGAAGAAGAGCUCUGGAAGAAAACUGGUGACCAAGGCAGUGGAUGGCGUGAAGCAAGGGUGCCCGUGGAAAAUUUCGGACUGUUUGAGGUCGUAAUAGAGGCAACCAGAGGCACGGAUUACCAUGGAUCCAACAUUGCACUGGACGAUAUUGGGUACAAAACUGAGAAGUGUAAAACAUCGAAAUUGUUUGGACAGUGUGGGCUGGAAGUCAAGGGGGUCGGCUGUUUCAAAGACGAAUAUAAUGACCGCGUUUUCGAUCAGUUGCUAGCAACGUACAGAGGGCGUCCAAUGACAGCGGACCAGACCAUUUGGCGCUAUUAUGAAGCCUCUCUAACCAGGUUACUCUGUAGAUGUGCGUCACUUGCAAAAGAACGAGGAUACAAAUAUUUUGGCCUUCAGUAUUAUGCAGAAUGCUGGAGCGCUCCUGGCAGCAUCGUAUACGACAGAAAAGGGAAAGCCCAAAAUUGCAUCAACGGUACCUUUGAACUUGGCAGCUGUGGAGGCGCUAAUGAUGGCGCUUGUGUUGGCCCCUCUCUUGUAAAUUACGUAUAUGCGCAUUUCAGAAAAGAACUUUUGACGUAUUUGAUGACGAAGAAAGUUGUUCUCGUCCCAGUAGGAUUCGAGCUGCUCCAGAGUGACGUCUUGAGGAGGUGCACACCAGUGUUACAGGCUGGUGAAAUCCUUUCGAAGAAGAUGUCGAAGACAGUGCUUUGUGUUGUUACCUGGCUGGCUAUGCUUGCCUAUGACCUCAAUGCAGCCCCAGCAAAUCAAGGCAGUGAUAAGAGUGUUUACGACGCAAUUGAAAAAAUCAAUCAGAAGAAAACUGGUCUCUUUGAAGGUGAUAUUUUGCCAAGUGAAUUGGUCGAUGAGAUCACAAGCAAAGUUUCAACAAGAAAAAGAGACGCUACAAGAUUCCGACAUUAUCUAUGGAGGACAAGAAUUAUCCCUUUUACAAUCUCAUCUGAAUUUGGAACUUCAGAGAAAGAAGCCAUUCUCGCUGCAAUAAGAAUACUCCAAGAACAUACAUGCUUGACAUUCAAAAAUCACUCCAGCGAAGACCAAUGGGUCAACUUUCGGAGGCUCGAUGGCUGUUAUUCUUAUGUUGGCCGAGCUUAUUGGACAACCGGAGCGCAAACAAUCAGCCUUGGAGUUGGUUGUCUUCACCAGUCAACAAUACUGCAUGAAAUUAUGCAUGCUUUAGGAUUUUGGCAUGAGCAGAGCCGUCCAGACAGGGAUAAAUAUAUAGAAAUAUUUUGGGAAAAUAUCCAAGAAUCCGAGAUGCACAAUUUCAACAAGUAUUCUCACCAGAAGGCUGACAUACUUGGGACACAAUAUGACUACGACACAGUCAUGCAUUAUGGAAAGUUCGCUUUCUCAAAAAAUGGAAAGCAGACGAUGAAAGCCAUUGGAAGUGAUAGGGAGCUUGGAGAGGCGACGACGUUGGGUCCAAGUGAUAUAACUGCAUUGAACGCUUUGUAUGACUGUGCCAGCAAGGGAGUAAGCAUAUGGAGCAGAUGGUCGAGCUAUGGGCCUUGUGACCAGAGGUGUUACAAAACACGACAACGGUUCUGCUCGGACCCAGACCUCAGCAACUGCGGAGGCGCCAAUAUUCACGGUGUUAUCGAAGAUCAACUGAAAUGCAGCGAUGCAGAAUGCUACGCCCCUGUUGAUGGGCACUGGGGUCGAUGGUCAUCUUGGGGUGUAUGUAGCACCGAAUGUGGACCCGGAAGAAGAAACCGCACCCGAAAUUGUGAUAACCCGGAAUCGAAGAAUGGAGGAGCAGGAUGUCAAGGAGACUCCAUUUCGCACACCGACUGCUUUGUAAAAACCUGUGGCCUUGGUCCUUGGGAUUGCGAGUUCGAUGGACAAGGCUGGUGUAUGUGGCAAAAUGCCCCAUCGAAUAACGCCAGGUUCCAAUGGAAGCGCACUUCAGGGGGCACACCGAGCUCCAACACUGGUCCUUCUGGAGAUCAUACAUCAGGCUCAGGCUACUAUCUCUUUGUCGAAACGUCAAGCCCCGCUUUAUCUGGCGACAAGGCAAGGUUGUUAAGCCAAGAGUUUGCUGCAACAGAGGGUCUAUGCAUGUCUUUCUGGUACCACAUGUAUGGGUCAACUAUGGGUGCUCUACGUGUUUUCACUAAGGCAGACGGUAUAGAAACUUUAAUUUGGGACAAACAUGGAGACCAAGGAAACCAGUGGGUUGAAUCAAAACUGAAAAUGAACAGUUCUACAACAUUCAAGGUCAUCAUAGAAGCAGAGAAGGGUGUAGCAUUUUUAAGUGAUAUCGCUGUUGAUGACAUCAAGUUCCAAGACUGUGCUCCAAAAUCUAAACUGGAGAAAAAAUGUGGCGUAAAAAUGAAGGCUCUUGGCUGCUUUAAAGACGCAGUAGGAGACAAGCUGUUUCCAAAACUUCUGGAUAACCACAGAGACCCUAUCAAUGGUCACAGAGGUUAUACAAUAGAUUGGUAUAAUUACGAACAUUCUCUCGAAAGCAUUAUGUGUCACUGUGCCUCAAGAACAAAAGAACAAGGAUUCACAUACUUUGGCCUAUCCUUUUACGCAGAGUGCUGGGCUGGUCCUGGCCUUAUCACCUACGAUAGGCAUGGUACUUCAAACACCUGUAUCAAUUCUACGUACCAGAAAUGCGCUAUGGCUGAUGAUGCAAUGUGCAGUGGUAUUAACUACAGUCACUUUGUUUAUAAAUUGCAGUGAAGAGUCGAAUCAGAUAGAUUGAUAGAUACACGAUGAAAGGACGAAUCUUUAAGUUUCCAUUUACUUAACAGUGCUUUAUUGUUUAUACUACUGUAUUCAGAUCUGACGUCAAUUCCUUAUGUUUCGUUCCAGGAAUUUUUGUUUUAGCUUGUGAACAGCUAAGUUUGUUGUGUCUGUUAUUCUUAGAUAUUCAAUACUUCUUUUAAAAGUUAAGUAAAA